AUGGCCGACACACAGUAUAAUACAUCAUGGUUCGACCAAGCUCGAUUCAUACCCGCCGACGCGAUAUUUGCUUUAACAGCUCAAUACCAGGCGGAUCCAUUUCCUCAAAAAGUCAACUUGGGACAAGGAACCUAUCGUGAUGAGAAUGGUAAACCAUGGGUUCUCCCGUCAGUGCGUAAGGCACGCGAGGCUCUCCUAGAACAAGGAUUACAACAUGAAUAUCUUCCUAUUCUGGGACUGAAACAGUUUAGAGAUCAGACGGCACAGCUUGUAUUGGGUCCUGAGCUUUACAAAGAGCAAGCGAGUAAAAUUGCAACCUGCCAGAGUCUAUCAGGCACUGGCGCAUUGCACCUGGCUGGACUAUUGUUGAAAGCCUGUCAUACUGAGCUACCCAAGGUUUACAUCCCUGAGCCUACAUGGUCGAACCAUUAUCAGGUAUUCCAGUCGUUAGGCUUUUCGUGUGAGCCUUUCAAGUACUAUGAUCCUGAAUCCAAGAGCUUGGACAUCGAUUCAUAUUAUUCCAUGUUGUGUACAGCGGCGCCGAACUCGGUGGUGAUUCUACAUGCGUGCGCGCAUAACCCGACGGGAUUUGAUCCCACGAAAGAACAAUGGCGAGAGAUUGCACAGAUCAUGAAAACGCGACAAUUGUUCCCAAUUUUUGAUUCUGCGUAUCUAGGAUUCAAUUCGGGAAAUUUGGAUGAAGAUGCAUUUGCCAUUCGAUUGUUUAUGGGCGAGUUUAAUAUGGAAGCUGGAGUUUGUGUGUCGUUCGCAAAGAAUAUGGGACUCUAUGCCACGGAUGAUGAGCAGGUUACCGUGAGAACACAAUCCAUGCUCGAAAUGCUUCAACGGUCGGAAGUUUCGAAUCCACCAGGUUUCGGGGCGAAAAUUGCCAGUGAGGUUCUGGGGAAUGAUGCCUUGAGAAUACAAUGGUACCAGGACAUGGUAACCAUGAGUGAUCGUAUUCGCUCCAUGAGAGAAAUAUUGUACAAGGGCUUGGUUUCUUUCGGUGAGUCGCGUCGCACCUAG